AUGUGCCUCGCAGAAAACGUCUACCACGUCGCCUGCGGCUGCUGGCAAGGCCACCGCAUAACUCACCCAUGCUGCAAACAAGGCUCGUCGCGGGGUGACAAAGAAUGCCCAGACCUUUCAUGCUCCGGCGUCUUCCGCCAACCGGGCAAGUGCCUCGUCUGCCGCCGCCGCGAAGCCCAGCAGCAGAGCGUGUUUCCGCUUCCGAUCCCGCCGCCUACGCCGCCGCCCUCGCCGUCUCCUCCGCCGCAGCCAUCGCACGCUCGUGCAGCGAGGCGAGGUGACGACGAGGAGAAGGAUGAAGACGAAGAUAGGAGUCAGAGAGUGAGAGUCGCGCUCCUAGCCGAAGUCCUUCGCCGGGCCGUUGACGUCCGCGGCGACGGAGUCGGCAAUUCCUUUCGGUCCGGAUCUGAUACGGCGAGUAGAACGCAUUCCCUAGAUAACCGUGAUGAUGAUACUAGCCCCGGGUCUCUGACGUCGGACACUGCUGACGGAGGGACUUGUUCCAUCAAGGGCUCGGAGCAGACUUUCGAGACAAAGAGUACUGCGUGGCAUCAGCAUUGA